AUGACCUCACCAUCAGUAGUGAUGUCGCCAUCACUAUCGAUGCCAUCUGCUCAGCCUGCAUCUUCAAUUGAUCCAAUUAUCAUACGUAACAUCAUUGAUGAAGCAUUUCGUGUGAAAACAGAUAAGCAGGGUCGUAUCACUCCAUCAACGAAGCAAAUUGGCUAUGAAUUAUUUGUAAGCAGAUUCGAGCCAUGCCUUCUGAUUGAUGCUUUUGCGACAGUGAUUGAACAGUUUCCCGUUGUUGCAGCUGAAUGUCCAAAAUAUAAUAGCUGGUGGACACCGAGAUUUUACCAUUUGAUUUUUCUCAUUGCACAGGCUUUCAUGACCGUUUUAGCUUCGGAACGUGCACCAAAUAAAACGAAAGAGAAAAAUCGUAAGCAAGAUUCAUUUUCAAAUGUUCAUGUAAAUGUCACUGAUGAGCAACGAUGCAGAAUUUUGAAGGAUGUGGUGUCGCUGAAUUUUAGUUUCGACUCAAAUUUUUGGACUUUAGCCGAUUAUGUGUUAAAUUUCAACAAGUGUCCAAAGGAUGUAGUGACAAUUAUUUCUGAUGCUGCAUCGAUUGGAAAAGCAAGUUUUUCUGCUGUUGAUUACUGCAUUCGUAAUAAAGUGCUUUCACGUUACUUCGACGAUCCAGCAAUUUUAUACUCUGCUGCUCUUUUGGGUCCUCUACGUGCCGGUAGUGUUGAAUCAUUUGCUGCAAAAAGAGGUGAAGAAUUUCGACAAAGAUGCCGUGAAGUUUUAUUACGAGUAGAAAAAUUGGCUGGUUCGCCAAAGGAAUGGGAACGUGCAAUUGUUGAAUAUUUGGGAUCAGUAAAGCAAAACGAUUCGAAUGGCAGAGUUGUGGCAUAUACAUACGUUGGAUUUCGUAAUUCAUUUUCAACCUUGAUGAGAGAUUUAAGGGGAUUACCACCAUCAGAUGAUCGAAUCAAUGUUAGAUGGGCUCAUCAGUUAGUGAAAAAAUGUGCCGCGAAAUAUUACUGCGAAAAGACGUGGAAGAUUGAGAAUUUGCAUGAAGUGAUUUGGACAAUAUUGGCGCAGAGACCGUCCAUGAGAAAAUUCGUCGUGCAGACACUCAGCAAAGAUUUUAAUGAUCCUCAAGGUGCAGAAAUGUGGCGAAUUUGCAAAAUACCGGCUGAUGCAAGAAAGCAUAUGUCACAUAAAAGUAAAGAAGAACACUUAGAUCCGCGCACUCCGAAUCCACCAUAUUUAAGCUUGCCGGAAUCAGUGGAACCAAUCGAGUUUGUACGACAUCCAUCACAUUUGAAGCGUGUUGCCAAUCUUCUGGAAGAUUAUGCAAAUGAUAGUUUCCCACCAGUUGGUGUAGAUGCAGAGUGGUCUUCCUAUGUUUCCUAUAGCAAAGCAACCAUUCUACAACUGGCUAUUCCAUAUCAUAUAUUUAUAAUAGAUGUUGAUGAGAUCAAAUCAGAUAUACUAGUGGUUUUUUUUGAAAAAUUAUUCGUUGAAUGGAAACUUUUAAAAAUAGGUUAUCAGUUUGAUGAGGAUCUUAUUCAACUACGAAGUGCGGUACAACGUUGUUCAGCUUUAUAUCACCCAAAAAAUUUGAUAUGCAUUGGCAAACUUGUUAAAUUGUUAAUGAAAGAAAGCGCGCAAAGGCCAGAGAUAAACCUGGAUGGAGUUUUCCAUUCUGAAAAAGUACAGACAAGUGAAAGAUCUACAGAUGGAAUAAGAACUGAUAUUAUAUCUACUGAAAUGGAUGGAAAUACAUGGACUUACACAACAGAUUGUAAGGAGGAUGCGAAAGAAAGGAUGAACUUUGUCUCAGUUGAUAUACUUCAAGCAGUAAAUAAAUCCGAUGACGUAGCAUCAACAUCAACAGUAAAAGUAGAGGAAGUGAAGGGGUCAGUUACGUCGGAACAAAAAGAACAACAUAUGAGAGAAAAAAAAAAAGAAGAAAAUCCAUUACUAAAGGAAAUCAGAGGUUUAUCAGCAUUAUGCAAACGGGUGUUAGGUAAACCAUUAGACAAAACAGAGCAGUGUUCUGUUUGGGAUCGGCGUCCACUUCGCGAUUUGCAGUUGCGAUAUGCAGCAUUAGAUGCUUAUUGUAUGUUGAUGCUAUAUGAGAAGUGCGUUGAUUGGGCAUCUCGACUUGAUCUCAAUAUAAAUGAAAUUUGCUCAAAGCAAGAACCUCUCACUGGAACGCUACCACUUUUUUGUGACAAACAGUAAUUUCUUUUUCAAUCAAUGUUUUGAUAAUUCCUUCAGUCUUUUCAUAUAGAUUUUUGUCAAAUCUUGUCUGACUUUAAUAUUUCCCAGUAUUGAACAAAUUCUUUUAAUUAUAGCAUCAUUUAAUAUUUAUUGUUCUGUCUGGUUU